AUGGCUAAGCAGCCUCAGCAACUGCAGAUGAAAACUUCCUUCCUCUUCAUCCAGCUGCAGGCCCCCCCUGCUCCAGCUUUCCCCGCCCCGUAUCCAACCGCUGUAGCCUGGACAGCAGCCCCAGGGGGGCCGGAGGAGGGACACAUUUUCCGGAGUCCCAGCACAAGCUUCUUGGCAGGCCGAAACCUCAGGCACACACAGGGGUUGGCUGCUCCUCCCUCGCGCCCACUGCAUAGGGAGGGCCGUGGGACAGAGGCACCAGCUGCUUUCGGUUGCUCUGCGCUGAAGGAGAAGAAGGAGGGGGCAGAAAAGCCCCCAAAUCUGCAUCUGAGGAGGGGUAGGGUUUGUGGAUCCCCACAUCGAAGGCGUUGCCAGGGUCCUGCCUCCAGGAAACUUGGACAGCUACCCCUGCCAUGCAGACGUCCUAGUCCGGCUCUCCUCAUGAGCCAUGGAAGCAGCAGUCCCUUCAUGAGCUGUGUGCACUGGCCGGUCACCUCUGCCCCUCAGGGCCUGUGGGGCAUGGAUCACCCAUCUGGGGAUUCCUUGGUAUGCUCGAUUCCACAGGCCACUCUGGCCCAUGCUGCUGACAAGGGUGAAAGGGCAGUGCUGAGGAGAGUACCGGUACUUCUGAAAAGCUGUGAAGAGGGCACAGACACCACAGUGCGGGCGAGGAGGGCUCAGCUCUGCAGAUACUGCCCGCUUGUUCAGACCAGCAAGAGCUACCCGGCCCCACCUGCUGCUCUGCCUCUCAAGGCAGAGACAUUUGUUUGGGUUAACAAUGCAUCAGCACAUUCCCAGAGUGUUGCCAAGGCCAAAUAUGAAUUUUUAUUUGGCACAUCUGAAGAGAAAACUCCGGAUACUAGUGAUCAUGGAGGAAGCACUUUACUCCCACCGAAUGUCACGAAUGAAUUUCCAGAAUAUGGGACCAUGGAAGAAAGUGGAGAAGGCCUAAGAACUUCACUUGAGUUUGAUGCAGAGCCUCGGCCAUGCUGCCCACAAGGACAGCAGGGGGCCCAGCUUCUUGCCGGCCACCACUCUGGGCCUGGCAGUUUCACAGAAGGACCAAAAGACACCGGAGAGGUCCCCUCUCACAGUCACCUCAAGGAACAAAGUUUACAACCCAUUGACUCAUUGAUUUCAGCUCUGAAAGCCACAGAAACCAGAAUAGCUUCAGAAACUUUACAGACUACAAAGGUACUGGACAAAGAUGCCACUUCUAGUUUUUCAGUUCAGCAGGUGGAAAAAGAGCUGGAUACUGCCAGUCAGAAAACAGAGGGAGCCAACAAACGAAUCCCUGCAAGCCAAGAAAAAUCACCAGGUAUACCUCUUUCAGCUGAAGUCACGACUGAGGAGAAUUUUUAUUUGAGCAUCCAGAAGGAUCUGAGUGCACUGGUAACUGGAGAAACUCAGCCAGAGCUUUUCCAGAUAACUAGUAAUGGGAGAAAAGGGGCUGUCUGUGUGCAGGAGGCAUUAUCCACCGUGGAGAGUCCAUCAGUGACUCAUAACUCUGCGGGCAAUAUUGGUUACUUGAGAGAGAGGAGGUCUGAUCUGGGGAGAGACCAUCCAGGGGAAUGUGAUCAAGGCAGCUCCACAGGACGCCCAGGCAGAAUCAAACAUGUGGAAUUUCAAGGUGUGGAGAUAUUGUGGACUGGAGGGGAGAAGAGAGAGACAAGGCACCCUGUAGAUUUGGCGACAUCAGCUUUUUCUGAAAGCAAAGAGUUCUCCAAAGUGCCAAGCCAUCUCAUUUCAUCUGCUGGUUUAUGUAAUUCAGUUGGUUUAUCUGAGAGCAUUUGGGAUAAAACCUGGAAAACUUCAGAGAGGCCUGGCACCAGCUCAGGAACAUUUUCCCCUGUGCCUCUUGUUGAGAGUGGAGAGGAUGAAGUCUUCCUGAAGGAAAACAAACAAUAUCUUGAGACGAAACCCGAGCUAGAGAGAGACAAGGAAAGGAUUCCUGAGCAGGAGGAGCACAUCAGGGAAGGGGACGAUGAUGUCCUGGGGUCCGGGUAUGCAGAAGACUCCACUGACGUAUACAGCUCCCAGUUUGAGACCAUUUUGGACAACACUUCUUUGUACUACAGUGCAGAGUCGUUAGAGACACUGUACUCUGAGCCUGAUAGCUACUUUAGCUUUGAAAUGCCCCUCACGCCAAUGAUACAGCAGCGCAUUAAAGAAGGCGGUCAGUUCUUGGAGAGGACAUCAGGGGGAGGACAGCACGAUGUUCUGAGUGUCUCAGCAGAUGGCGGAAUAGUGAUGGGCUAUUCUAGUGGGAUCACCAAUGGGCUGAAUGACUCCAGUGACUCCAUCUACAUGAAAGGCACCCCCGAAAUUGCUUUCUGGGGAAGCAAUGCUGGGGUGAAAAAGACACUGCUAGCAGCUCAUUCUGAAAUGGGGAGCACUGAAAUUCUGGAAAAGGAGACCCCAGAAAGUCUCAGUAAUGGUACCAGCAGCAACGUGGAAGCAGCCAAAAGGUUGGCCAGACGCCUUUAUCAACUAGACAGAUUCAAAAGGUCGGAUGUUGCGAAGCACCUAGGCAAAAACAACGAAUUUAGCAAACUAGUUGCAGAAGAAUAUCUGAAGUUUUUUGACUUCACAGGAAUGACGCUGGAUCAGUCUCUCAGGUAUUUCUUUAAAGCAUUUUCUCUUGUGGGAGAAACUCAAGAACGAGAGAGAGUUUUAAUACACUUCUCCAAUAGAUAUUUUUAUUGUAACCCAGAUACCAUUACUUCACAAGAUGGAGUCCAUUGCCUCACAUGUGCAAUAAUGCUUCUUAACACCGAUCUACACGGCCAUAAUAUUGGCAAGAAGAUGACCUGCCAAGAGUUCAUUGCAAAUCUCCAAGGAGUAAAUGAGGGUGGUGAUUUCUCCAAGGACCUGCUGAAGGCUCUGUACAACUCAAUCAAGAAUGAGAAGCUUGAAUGGGCAGUAGACGAUGAAGAGAAAAAAAAAUCUCCCUCAGAAGGUACCGAUGAGAAGGCUAAUGGAACACAUCCAAAGACCAUCAGCCGUAUUGGGAGUACUACCAAUCCAUUCUUGGACAUUCCUCAUGACCCAAAUGCUACUGUGUAUAAAAGUGGGUUCUUGGCUCGGAAAAUCCAUGCAGACAUGGAUGGAAAGAAGACUCCAAGAGGAAAGCGAGGGUGGAAAACCUUUUAUGCCGUGCUGAAGGGAACAGUUCUUUACUUGCAAAAGCAUUACACCCACACCCAUCAUGUGAAAGUUACAGAGGACAAUAUGACUUUGACACUGACUUGGCCCUCACAGGACUCUAAACCAGACAGUGGGCAUGCGGAGGGGAGUCCAGAGGAAAUGCAGGGGUGGAUAAACAAAAUUAAUUGUGUUGCUGCUGUAUUUUCUGCACCACCAUUUCCAGCAGCCAUUGGCUCUCAGAAGAAGUUUAGCCGCCCACUUCUGCCUGCCACUACGACAAAAUUGUCUCAGGAGGAACAGUUGAAAUCUCAUGAAAGCAAGCUGAAGCAGAUCACCACCGAGCUGGCCGAGCAUCGCUCAUAUCCCCCUGACAAGAAAGUUAAAGCCAAGGAGAUCGAUGAAUACAAACUGAAAGACCACUAUCUGGAGUUUGAGAAAACUCGUUAUGACAUUUAUGUUAGCAUUCUAAAAGAAGGUGGCCAGGAGCUUCUGAGUAACAGUGAAAGUGAGGGAGCUGGACUGAAGAAGUCGCAUUCGAGUCCUUCACUGAAUCCAGAUUCAUCGCCAGUCACUGCCAAGAUCAAGCGUAACGUGUCAGAGAGGAAGGAUCACCGACCAGAAACACCAGGCAUUAAGCAGAAGGUUACUUAGAAUCUACCGGUGGCCAGGAAGUGCUGGUCAUGGAGCAAAAUAGGGUUUUUCAAGAUCUUUCUGGUAAUCUGUGGAUAUAUUAAAAAAAAAAAAGUCUGUGACUAAAUGGUGCAUUAGUAACAAUUUCUAUUGUAUAUUUGUUAGUUUCUGUACAGAUGGUCUCUGCUCUUGAUUUCUUUGCUUCCAUAAUUUUUGCUACUUGAUAACUAAUGCACCUUUUUGUGAGGAGGAGGGCAUCGUGAUUUCAGAAAGAAUUAUGUAUCCCUUCUCCUUUGAUUUUCUCUUGUUUGCACUCUGCUCAGUUGUUUUAUGUGUUCUCAAAUCAGCUGUUAUACUUUUUUUUAAGGUAAAAAAUUUCAUCCAUUGUGAAAGACUUAACUGGACAAACUUUGUAGCAUAGUAAAUUCUAGCCAGAGUUAAUAUAAGCCUUUGUAUGUGGCAUCGUGCCCAGUCACAGACGUGGAAUUGAGCACUCACACAGAAGUUCAACUAAGAAUUAAGAUGCUGGGAACCAAGACUUCCCAAUGUGACGCGGCCGUGCGUGCAUCUUAACACUUAUCAUCGAGUUCAGACCCUGCUGGAAGGAGGGAAAGGGGGCAUGAAGAUCGCAGGGCUGGAGAACUUGGGGAAGCUCAGUAGCUUACUUGAAGAGUGGAUUCCAUUUCCGCCAAGCAAGGGAAAGAGGACGUGGAGUCAUUUUGCCACUGAAAGUUGAGGAGAGAUUGGCACCAAGUUACUUUUGUUUUCUCAAAGAUAGUCGUAAUAACUGCCUUUUAGGGACGUGAGCAGUAGGCAGAUGUUUGGUUUACAGGAAAUUGUUACCUCACUCCCACAGUGUGGAAACUAGGAAUCCAGAAUCAUCUCUAUCCUCGAUACCCUUCCAUCCAGGAAAAGAAGGGAGUGAAAGUGAAAGUUUAGCCCACUGUGACCUUAGAAUUUUCUGAUAUCCAAACCUUGAAAUUCUGUAAACCUAAAACUAUAAUCUCCAAAAUGGCACAACUUCAGAACUAAUGGAAUCACUUUGAAUAUUCUUUUCUCUCCUAGAGAAAUUUGCUCUAAUUCUAAUCAGUUUCUUAGUUGAAGGUACUCUGACCAAAGAAUCAGCUGCUCUGCGUGAAUAGCAUGGUUCCCAGUGAAUUAGAGAAAGUCCGCUAUAAAACCAUGGUAGUUGCUAAAGUGGUAUAUUGUUAGGAUGUAGCAACAAUUAGUUAUAGGAUUAUUUAUUAAUAUUCUUUCACCUGUAGAAAUGCCCAUGUUUGCUUAGUGCCCAGAGAAGAGUAACUCUUCUCCCCAAGGUUGUAGCUGCUUGCUUUGUGAUAGGUAUUUUGCCAGACCUUUGAAAAAUUCACUCUAGCCCUCUGCCUUGUUUAGGUAGAGGCAGUGAGUAAAUUCAUGUUUCAAAACCAGGAAACAAACCAGGUUGUUACCAGUAUGGCCCAUGUACCUGAUUCAUUUUUGUAGCUUCUGACUAACGUCAGAUGGUUCUAAGGUUUCCAUAGAAAGUCAUCUUUCUUCCUAGAAUCUGAAUUAUCAGCCUGUUUGUUUUCUGCCUACAUAUUUAUCCUAAGCAGAGGGAAGACAGGUACCUAGACCAUGUCAUUUAUGAGCUUCAAUAAUUGAAAAAUAUAUAUAUAUAUAUCCCUGACUGGCUUGAAUGUGUUUGCCCAUAAUAUGUGUGUGUGUAUGUCUCUAUAUAUAGAAUGUUUAUGUACAUUUCACUUAUAGUAUCUAAUAUACAUUAAACGGUACCUUGCUACAGUAUUUCUGACAUUUAGAGUAAUCCUGAAAUACUUGGUUAACAUCAGCUCCACUACAGCAUUGUUCCUGUUACAUAUUACUCACUAAUAUUAUCUCCGUGAACUUUUGGAUAUGCUAAUAGAUAAUUAGAAGAGAAGGGCACGUUUGAAGCUGUUGUAAACUAUGUUGACAUAGUUUAUCUUUAAAAACAACUUCAAAGGUUUGUUUUGUGAGUCAGGAUCCCAGAUUGCCCUGGCAUGAUGUUGUUUUAUCUUUAGGGCUUGGGCUAAGAAAGGCUCUCCCAUGAUGCCUCUGGCAGGUUACUGUCUAUUAUUAUUGCACGUGGCAGCCAAGAGUUUAUCCUAUGUGAGGAAAUGGCCUUCUCUGAUUUUAAUGGAUUCUGAGAGUCUGGCCCAUAGCCGGCCACAUUUUCUUUUGUGACAAUUUUCUUUUCUGUAGUAUCUAGUCAGAGAAACUGAAGACGUUUCCACUCACAGCUGCUCUAAGCCUGCUGCCUAAUCCACGGUACAGGGGAGUUCUCCUCCUCGUUUUCUUCUGAAGGUACUCCACCCUCCAACCCUUUACCCCCUGCCAUUCCUCACCCCUACCUCGGUGCCCAGGAGCCUUGGGAUUUCUCACUAUGUGGUAAAACGUUAUUCCUCUUGACAUAAAUACACUUAGUAUUUAUUAUAGCAAAUCUUGAUGCUCAUCACAAUACCUUGGCGAUAGUCAUUUUGCAAAAUUGACCAUAGAAGUGGCCCAUAUGUAAAACGUUUGAAUGUUUCCGAGUUUAUUCCCCCAUCUCGCGUGCUGGCUUUUACAGAGGGGUCAGGAAUUCCUUGUUAGCUAUCAAACCCCCUUACUAGCAUGCAGGGUCCUUAUUUUAUUGCUAGGUCAUAGGCAUUAUUUUAGGUGAGCUUUUUUUUUAAAACAUCAUUUUGCUAAUUAAACCAAGCAAUACUUCUGUACAUUUUAAUUAAUCUCAGUAAAACCCCAACAUAUGGGAGAGUUCUCUGGUAUAAAUGUAGUUCCUAGAUUAUAUAUGUAAUCUUUUCUGUUGCUCUUAGGUAGAGAGGCUAGAAAGCAGCUGGGCCAUUUGCCAGACCCUCUAUGCUUCUCAGACUGUUAUUCUAAUCCAGAAGAUGAGGACUGUUUCCUAGUCAGAAGUGACAUGAGAGAAUUAAUUCUGGAAGAGGAAAAUCUGACUGACUUUCUAAGGCCAAGCUAGGGUUGGUCUCUUAAGUUUGUAUUUUACGUUGUGGCCAAACCACAGAACUUCUGAAGUUAAGGAGGAAUUUCCAUUGGCCCUUUGCUGCCUAAGCACAAUGAACACAGUUUUCUACUGAGUUUGCCCAUUGCUCCCUCUAUCACAUAUACAGCUGGGGAAGCUGUUCUGGGUAAGGCAGGGCCUUGUCUUGGCCAGUGAGCUACACCUCUUCUCUGCCUUUGUACCUAAUCACAGACAAUUGGAAAAAAAUCGACCUUAACAAAGUUACUCCAUUGUCUUACUAUCAAGACCUUCUUGGGUUUGGUUAGUUGCUGGUGGAAUUUGAAUUUCUUUGGCAUUUUUCCUUAUAGUCAUCAGGUAAGCUUUUUUCAAUCUGAAUACACAGGAAAUUUCUUAGCCAUGUAGUUCCAAAUCUCUGUAGUUUUGCUAUUGUGAACCCGGUUGAGUUUUCAACAAGUUGAUAGGCACCUUAACUUCAGCCCUGAACUAAUUUCUUCACUUUUCAAAUGACAGAAUUUUUUUCCAAUUGUAAAACUAGCACUGUAAAACAAAGAACCAAAGUGGAGUUCUAUAACUUAAUUAAAAGUGUAGCCUAGUUUACGAAUAAUAGUGCUACUUUGGGUUUUAAUAGCAUCUACUUUUCUUACAGAGCAUCUGCUUUUCUUACAGAGCAUUCUAAGUGACUCCAGCAGACAAAGAUUAGUCACAAGGUAGGCAGAUGAGGCUCUGGGCCUACCUUGCUCCCAAGGUUUCUGGCCAUCUCUUCUCCCAAACCAGACUACUGAUCUGCCCCAAGUCAGCAGAUGUCUCUCCACCAGUCUUCUGACAACUUACGUCAGGUCAUCCAGGGGACUUUAGAAACUAAUGGUUUACCACAAAAUAAUCCCAACAAAUGACAGAGAGGUGCUUUGUUAACUGCUUCUCCUCAGAUUCCUUUUUAUUCUCUCACUCUAAAACGAAGACUGCAGUCAAAGGUCAAUCUCUUUUUGUACCUACAAAUACCCAAAACCCAACUGGGUAGCCUUCUGCUUAGAACAAUAAUUGGCCCAUUGCAUGCAGAGAAAGUGUCUUCAUAGAGAGAAUGUCAGUAAAUACUUGAAUCUGCAUGACAGUUUGUUGACUUGAAUGCAGCAGCAAGAAAAUAUUGCAAGUUAAGUAAUUGUAUAUACAAUAGGUUUCCUUAAGUCUCUUUGACUCACCCUUUGUAAUUUAUGUGUAUAUUUUGUAGUAUUGCAGGCUUUUGGAGAGUAUUCAUACAAAUAAUAUGUCAGAUGUAAGGAAAAUGCUUUCUGUCACCUGCCUGUGUUAUAUUUGUGGGUAUUUAUAGUUGUAUGUAUGUAGAUGCAUCAGUGUGUAGAUUGUAUAUCAGUAUAUGCUACAUGUACCUCAAAAUUAUUUUUGUCUUUAAUAACCAGUGUGAUAUGAAAAGCAAGUAAA